AGGCCGACUGGGGACCAUGGAGACCCAGAGGGACAGCCCUUCCUUGGGGCGGUGGUCACUGUUGCUACUGCUGUUGGGCCUGGUUAUCACUCCAGCCACCCCCCAGACCCUUAGCUACGAGGAAGCUGUGCUCCGUGCUGUGGAUGGCUUCAACCAGCGGUCCUCAGAGAAGAAUCUCUACCGUCUCCUUCAGCAGGACUCACAGCCCGAGGGAGACGGGGAUCCAAACACCCCGAAGCCUGUGAGUUUCAAAGUGAAGGAGACUGUGUGCCCCAAGACGACACAGAGGCCACUGGAGCAGUGUGAUUUCAAGGACAAUGGGCUGGUGAAGCAGUGUGAAGGGACAGUCAUCCUGGACCGGAACAGGGGCUACUUUGACAUCAACUGUGAUGAGAUUCUACAAGUCAGGAAAUUGGGCCAGCUGGGUGAGCUUAUCCAACAAGGUGGGCAGAAGAUUGUUGAGAAGAUUCAGAAAAUUGGCCAGAGAAUCCGUGACUUUUUUAGCAAUCUUCGCCCCAGGCAAGAGGCCUAAGGGUCUGCUUUUCCCUGGCUCAGGCUUCUGGACCCUGCAAAAUAAAUUUUUGUGAAAGCAA